AUGGCUAUUGCGGGUGUGAAGAGGGCUAUUCAGCUUCUAGUCCUCUUUCUAAGCCCUUUGAUUCUAAAUGCCUAUUUCAGCAACCACCCAUCGGUGAAUGUCCCUACUUCAUGGCAAAAUUUUUACAACAGUGAUAGAGGAAGCUGGAAAUUCAAUGAUAAUACUCAUGUGAGGCCCAUCCUUGCACUCGAUCUCAAUGGCCAACCCAGUUUUGGUUUUGGAUUUCUCAGAAAUGGUACUACCAAUGCAUUCUAUCUUGUUACUCUUAAAAUUGCAAUAAGACCCAAUUCCUCAUUCAGCGAUUACGGUCCUCCCCCAGUUGUUCUUUGGUCUGCCAACCCGAAUCGUCCAGUUGAAGAGAAUGCCACUCUUGAACUGACUGUGAACGGAAAGUUGGUUUUAACAGAUGUGGAUGGUACUCCUGUAUGGUCUGCCAACACCUCGGGUGCCUUUGUUACUGGAAUGAACUUAUCACUUGGAGGAAACUUGAAGCUUGUUAAUGGUAGCGGGUCUGUUGUCUGGCAGUCCUACCGUUUCCCAACCAACACAUGGCUCCCUGAACAACGGCUACGUAUUGGAAGGAACUUAACUGCCAGUGUUUCCAUGUCCAAUUUGUCCAGUGGUAUGUUCUACCUCUCAAUAACUCGCGGUGGCAUCAACGCCUAUAUCAAGUCCGUGCCUCCACAGCUUUACAGAACUCUCCUUCGUUUUCAUGCUAAUAAUGCCACACCUCUUCGCUUUGGGAUUGGAUCUCUCACCCUCUCUGGCAACUAUGUGACCUAUAACCAGAUUGAGAAAGAAGAUUUUCAGUUCAUGAGGAUGGAGCCUGAUGGGCAUUUAAAUGUUUAUCAACUUAUUGAUGGUUAUAAGGAAACAUUGUACUCUGAUCUACUGAAAGAUGAGCACUAUGACGACUGUGCUUAUCCCACGGUGUGUGGUAACUAUGGCGUUUGCUUUGAAGGACAGUGCAGCUGUGCUGGAGGUGGAAGUUCGAUUUAUUUUCGGCAGUUAAACGCUACCGCAGCCAGUUUUGGGUGCAGGGAAGUUACCCCUUUGUCUUGUCCAGAUGCCCAGCUUCACACUUUUCUCGAGGUCAUGAAUGUUACUUGUUUCAACUUUGCCCCCCAGCUUUCCAAUAUAGAUGCAGAGAGCUGCAGGAGGGAAUGCUUGAAAAAUUGUUCAUGCAAGGCAGCAAUGUUUCGCUACCAAGAUAAUACCUCAAUUGGUACAGAGAUCAACACACAAGAAGAGCAAGUCAUCUCUGGUUUCAGUAUUGGUACCCUCUAUUCUGGCUCCCUUACUGUGCUUUGCUUUUUUCAUUGGCGUGUGCUACCGUUAUGUAAUGCAGAAAGGAAGAAAAAUAUCGAAGGAAAACAUAGGGAGAACUCUGGAGAUGAAUCUUCUAUUCAUUUAUUCAAUGAGAUGAAGAAGUUCUCUUUUGAAGAUCUAAGCAAUGCCACACAGGAGUUUGGGGUAAAGCUUGGUGGAGGCGGGUUCGGGGAUGUGUUUGAAGGAAUGUUGGGAGAUGGGACGAGAGUUGCAGUGAAACGCCUAGGCUCCGAUGUGGGUCAAGGAAGAAAAGAAUUCUUGGCUGAGGUGAAGACGAUAGGCAGCAUUCACCAUUUCAAUCUUGUGAGACUGGUUGGAUACUGUGCAGAGAGAUCAAACAGGCUUCUAGUUUAUGAGUUCAUGUGUAAUGGAUCUUUGGAUAAAUGGAUCUUCAACCAAGACCAAGAUCAAACCCUCAACUGGGAAACUAGAAAAAAGAUCAUCCAUGGCAUUGCAGAAGGCCUUAAAUAUCUACAUGUUCAUUGCAAUCCAAAUAUAAUUCACUUCGAUAUCAAGCCUCAAAACAUUCUUCUUGAUGAGAAGUUCAAUGUGAAGAUUUCUGAUUUUGGAUUAGCCAAAUUGAUUUCCAGGGACCAGAGCGAUGUGACAACCGUAGCAAAGGGAACUCCAGCAAAGAUAGAUGUCUACAGCUUUGGAAUUUUGAUCUUGGAGAUCAUCGGUGGACGAAAAAAUCGGGACUCCUCUCAAGUUGACUACCUCAUCGAUAUGGUGAAGGUGAAGGCAGAAGAGGGUCAACUGUCUGAUCUAGUAGACGAUCGAAAUGAAGAUAUGCAGUGCCACAAAGAAGAAGCUGUGAAGUUGCUGAGGAUUGGCAUCUCCUGUUUACAGACUGAUCACCAUAAAAGGCCUUCAGUGUCUCAGGUGAUACAUGUUUUGGAGGGUUCUAUGGACGUUGAACCUAUCACUGACUAUAGCUUUUUGUCAAUGUUUCCCAUGGAUUCUCCACUAGAAGCCAAUCGAGCUGUCUCAGCCCCUCUCAUUGCAUCAGUCCUAUCAGGACCAAGAUGA